UAAAUGCCCCUCCUAUGUGGGAGACUUGCAGAAGGCCAGGCACACUCCAGAGCUUCUUGCGUGUGUCGACAAGACUGUGGCUUCUCCCAAACUCUAUGUCCUGGAGCCAUGGAUUGCUGACCUCUUGGUGAAUUAUGAUCAAGUGGAUGAGCGUGAGAAUUCCCUGGCUGGGCAGGUGGUGCGGGUCUUGAGUGACUCGAGUGCAGCUGGCCAGCCUGGGCUGCUCCAGGACGCUGUGGUGCAGGUCUCUGACGGAUCCUGCUACAUCCGUGUGGUCAUUACAGCCGAGGCUCUGCAGGCAGAGGAAAAGUGGGUUCCACCGUGGCUUGGCGUGGCUGGGACAGCAGUUCUGCACAGCUGCUGGGAGCACCUGGGGCUCCUGCCUGCUCUUGUCUCAGGUUGUGUUUAAGCUAAAGCAACCUCAGGGUGGGAAGCUGGUGUGAAAGAGCUGCUCAGAGACGAAAGCUGGAAUGCUCUUGCUCCAGUGUCUGCUGGUUGGGAUGGGCAGGGAUCCAUGGUGGAAGCUGUGAUGCCAUUAGAAAGGACUGUAAAGCCCUUGGGUUUUGUGGAAGGAGCCAGAUCAUUAACCAUGGUAGCCUGGGUUGCUCCUUCAGUGCUUUCCUCCAUUUCCCCAUUUGGACACCCUUAAACUCUUGGGGUGCUGGCAGCAGAGAGCCAAGGAUAAGCAGCAGGAAGAAGCUGCUCUUAGGCAGGAAUUACUAAGGAGCCCUUGGUGCCUGCUGCUCAUGCUGAGACAUGUUCCAGAACGCCCCAGUGUGGCUGGCAGAGCUCUUGCAGGAGCCCCACUGUGUGUCAGGGGAGGGUCCAGCUCUGUUCUUCAAGGCACUCCUGCUCUGCUCCCUUUCCAGUGCCCACCUGCAGCUCAGGCUUUCCAGCCUUAAUUGCAGAAUUAUCGUCCUGCAGAAGUACACGGUGUGUUUUCAGGACGAGGCCAGGCUGGAGGACUGCGAGUUUUACCUCACGGCCCAGCAGUUCAUUGUGCUGCCCAUGCAGAGGCAGAGGAUGGAAUCAUCUGAUGGGAACCAGAAUCCCUCUGUGAUGAAGAAGAUAAAGGAGCUCUGGCUGAGGAAUCUUUCUGUGAGGAACGCUCCCAGCUCAGACCCCUCUGUCUCUCAGCUGAUUGAUGCCAUAGGACAAAACCAGCUGGAGAUUUUGAAGGAAAAUGCUGAGGAAUGCUUGGAUUUAUGGAAAUCAAAGGAGAAGCCAGUGACAGUGGAGGACGAGGUUCCCAUCACCCAGUGGGAGGCAGAGCGCAAGAAGGAGCAGGGUGAGGAUGUUUUCAUGGUCCCAGUCAGUGCCCUGGUGAUCCCUCCUGAGGAGGAGGCAGUGGUUUGUGAUUCUUCUGAGGCAGUGUCUGCAGGGUACACAGAUACAAGCCAAGCAGCUCCUGGAAAGAGUAGUGAUGACAGGACAGUGCCAGGAGACCCAAGUGUUGUAUCUCAAAUCAGCUCCUGUCUCCAUAGCAGCAGUGCUCCAGCCCUUGGAUCAUCCUCAUGGCAUCCUAUGAACGCUCCAGAUCCCAUCCAGCCUUUAGUUUCCUCUACAGUUGGCUCAGCCCAUCUCCCCGGAUUGAGUGGAGGAGAUGCUGCAUCACCAACCUUGUCAGAUAGCCUGGGGGGAUCCCUGGACAACCCCUGGAAUGGGAUGCCCUCGUUGUCUUUGACCCCAAGCUCUUCAGAUGAGAAGACCUUUCAAUCUGACCCUCCCCUGAAGACCCAGAAAGAUGUGGCUGCUGACAGCAACACUGCUGACCUGUUGGAAGUGUGCAGCCAGAGCUCUGCUGAGGGCUCACCCCGGGGAGAGCCAGCACAGACCUCCUCUCCCUCCCUGCUCCGCUGCUACAGCCAUCCCAGUCUGGUGGAGAUCAGCACCAGUGAGGCAGCAUCAGCUGCAGAGGCAGCCUGGGAUGCUCUGUGUGCUGAUCAAAGCCUGCAGAGAUCCAGGGGCUCUCAGCCCACCCUGCCCACUCUUUCUCCAGUUUUCCCAGUCUUGCCCAGCAGCAGCUUGCAAUCGCCGCCUGGCAGGAUUCCUGACAGGGAGCAGGCCUGCUCCAGUGGCACAGCUUCCUCUGCAGAGGCGUUGAAGCCUGGACUGGCUCACACCAGGACAAAGGGAGGAGAGACUGUGGUUGCCAAGAGGAAACUGGUGGAGGAAGAUGAGCAGGCCUGCAGUGAGCAGCAGCAUCUCCCAGGCACCUCGAAGCACAGGGGGAGAGGCACACGCAAGGGAUCGGUGCUCGGGAGCCCACAGGGUGCAAAGAAGAGCAGAAGGGAGACAGGGCUGCGAAAUAGAAAGGAGCUUGAGGAGGAAGAGGAGGAGGAGGAGGAAAUGGAGGCGGAGGAAGAGCAAGCAUCCCCUGCAGGAGCUGGGCCCAGCUCCAGGCCAGAGCAGUGCAGUGCUCGGGAGACGUUCAUGGAGAGACCACCCCAGUACCAGUACGAGGCACCGAGCCCCGAGCUCUGCCAGCAGGUACAAUCUAUCAGGAUUUCAAAGGCAAUGCUGAUGUGGGCAUGCUGGAUGCUGACUGAGGAAGAGGAGGAGGAGGAGGAGGAGGACUCCUGAGCCCAGCCCAUCUUUCAUUCCUUUGUUUCUUCAGUGGGUUUGUCAGAACACUGGGAUGAGUGGUUGGGGGAGGGAUGUGGGGAUACCAGAAGCACUGUGCCUCAGGAGACUGAUGAGGGCGCUGGCCUGGUUGCAGAAACCCUGGUUCCAGGGGUGCUGGCACAUGACCUGUUGAAAGCCAAUACCCUCAAGAGGGGAGAAAAGCAUUCAUUCAGGCAUGCCUAUAUGUGAACCAGCAUCCCUCUCCCACCUCUUCAUCCUUUUCAAAUGCCUUGUCCCAGCAGGUGGGGACAAGAGGUGACCCAGUGCCACCGUAGCAGCAAUGGCAGAGGCCCCACAAGCUGAUCUUGCUCCA